AUGACGGAAUUUAUCAAAAAACUAUUAGCAGGCAGAGAGGUGCAAUAUAAACCCCUCGGCGAAGUCGCUACACUUUAUGGUGGCUUGACAGGUAAGUCUAAAGCCGAUUUUGAAAAAGGAAAUGCUAAAUAUGUUAGCUUUAAGAAUAUAUAUGAUAAUAUAGAAGUAAAGGCAAGUAUAUUAGAGAGCGUUCAGAUUGCAGAAGGAGAAAAGCAACAUCAAGUAAAAUAUGGAGAUAUUUUAUUUACAGGUUCUUCUGAAACAGCUGACGAUGUGGCUAUGUCCUCAGCUGUAACGAUUCAUUUUGAUGAAGCCGUUUAUUUGAAUAGCUUUUCUUUUGGUUUGCGUUUUAAUGAUGAUAUAGAGUUAAAGCCUGAAUUUGCUAAAUACCUCUUCCGUUCUAACGAGUUAAGAAGAGCAAUCAUAAAGACUGCCAAUGGUGUUACUCGUUUUAAUGUCUCUAAAAAGCUUUUUGCCAAAAUCAUUAUCCCCCUGCCAUCGUUGGACGUUCAGGAGGAGAUUGUCAGGGUGUUGGAUUUGUUUACAGAAUUACAAAAAGAAUUACAAAAAGAAUUACAAAAAGAAUUACAACUCCGUCGUAAGCAAUACGAGUAUUAUCGCAAUUACUUAAUUGAACAGGCAAAAAAGCGUAUCGAAACCGAAGCAGGCUGGGGCGAAAUCAAAACUUUAGAAGAAGCUUUUGAGAUGCGUAAUGGCUAUACGCCAUCAAAGAAAAAUCCAGAGUAUUGGGAAGGGGGAACGAUACCUUGGUUUAGAAUGGAGGAUAUACGCAAAAGUGGUCGUAAACUUUCGGACUCUAUUCAGCAUAUUACAGAGGCAGGAGUUAAGAAGAGUGGACUAUUUGAGGUUGGGUCAUUUAUAAUGGCUACUACAGCCACUAUAGGGGAGCAUGCUCAGCUAAUUGCUGGUUCGCUGGCGAACCAGCGAUUCACGAAUCUUAAGAUUCGUGAAUCGCUUAAAAACCGUCUAUUAGAGGGUUUUGUUUUUCACUAUCUGUUCCUGAUUGGAGAGCAGUGUCGUGCUAAUGUUAAUGUGUCAGGCUUCCCAUCUGUAGAUAUGCAGGCAUUCAAGAACUUCAUUAUCCCUAUUCCUCCACUUGAGGAGCAAGAGCGUAUUGUUGGGAUAUUGGAUAAGUUUGAGCAGUUGGUAAACGGCAUUACCGACAGCCUCCCCAAGGAGAUUGAGCUUCGCCAGAAACAAUACGAAUACUAUCGUGAACGUUUGCUGACGUUUCGUUAA